UCCUUUCACAACCUGCUGCGAUUUGUGAAGGAGUGGGCUGGUAGGCUGUGCGCCCUGGACCUGAGUGGCACUGGCUUGCCACCCAAGGCCCUACAGGCCCUGGGCCAGGUGGCCGGGCUGCAGCUGCAGGAGCUGAGCUUGCACAGAUGCCAGGACCUCUCCACAGAGGCUGUGGCUGCUCUUUGCUACCAGCAACCAGGCCUUACCUCCUUGGACCUCAGUGGCUGCUCAGAACUAACUGUCUGAAGGGGCGCUCCUGGCUGUGAGCUGAGGCCUGCAGCACCUGCAGCACCUGCAGCACCUGCAGCACCUGAGCCUGAGGAAGCUGCAGCGGGUCACAGAUGCGGGAUGCUCAGCCCUAGGGGGCCUGCAGGAGCUGCAGAGCCUCAACAUGGCCGAGUGCUGCCAGGUAGAGGGUGGGAACUGGCCCAGGCGCUGGGCUCGGUGCAUGGAGCUCCACCCCCAUUGGCCUCCCUCAGCCUGGCCUACUGCUCCUCACUCAAGCCACACCGAGAGCUGGAGCAUCAGGCCUCCAGCCCCAAGAACCCUUCUCCCCAGCCACAGGACCCCUCCCUGCUCACGCUGCAGGCCCUGCGGGAGUUGGACCUCACAGCCUGCAGUAAGCUGACUGAUGCCAGUUUGACCAAGGUGCUCCAGUUCCCCCAGCUGAAGCAGUUGUCACUGAGCCUGUUGCCCGCACUUACAGACAAGGGCUUGGUGGCUGUGGCCAGGGGUUGUCCCAGCCUGGAGCGCUUGGCGCUGAGUCACUGCAGCCUCCUCAACGACAAGGGCUGGGCCCAGGCAGCCAGCUCCUGGCCGAGGCUGCAGCAUCUCAACCUGUCCAGCUGCAGUCGGCUUACAGAGCAAACACUGGAUACCACUGGGCAAGCGUGCAAGCAACUCCAGACGUUAGAUGUGGCCAUGUGUCCUGGCAUCAGCAUGGCUUCUGUCAGGUGCUUCCAAGCCCAACUGCCCCAGGUGACCUGUGUCCAGUCCCGCUUCGUGGGGGGUGCUGACCUGACCCUAACACUCUGAGGCCAGGUCAGUAACCAGCCCUGCAGCUCA